AUGUACCGGUACCGGUACAAGUAUCCCCCCAUUGUCAUUAAGCCAAAGAAGCAACAAGAAACCUUCAUGUCGGGAGCCAUCGGACUUAGCCAGCAGGCCGUUGAGCUCGAGAACAUCAUGCGUAGUACCGAAGGUGUAGAGCGCAAGACCAAGAUCUUCUGCACACUCGGCCCGGCCUGCUGGUCCCAGGACGGCAUCGGCGAGCUCAUCGACGCCGGCAUGAACGUGGCGCGCUUCAACUUCUCGCACGGCGACCACGUCAGCCACGCCGACACGCUCAAUCGCCUCCGUGGUGCGUUGGCCUCGCGCCCGCACAAGAAUGUGGCCGUUAUGCUGGACACCAAGGGACCCGAGAUCCGCACUGGUUUCCUUGCCAACAAAGACAAGGUAACGAUCCAGAAAGAUUCCGUCCUUGAGCUUACCACUGAUUACGAGUUCCUCGGUGACGAGACCAAGAUCGCCUGCUCCUACCCGGAGCUUCCGCAGUCCGUUAGCGUCGGUGGCUCGGUACUGGUGGCCGAUGGUUCUUUGGUACUCACUGUGCUCGAAAUCAAGGACGACAGCAUCGUUUGCCGUGCCAACAACACCGCGACACUCGGUGAGCGUAAGAACAUGAACUUGCCUGGCUGCAAGGUGCUACUGCCCACACUCACGGAGAAGGACGAGGACGAUCUCAUUAACUUCGGCCUCAUGCACGGCGUUGACUACAUCUCGGCGUCGUUUGUACGUACUGGCCACGAUAUCGACAACAUCCGUAAGGUGCUUGGCCCCCGUGGCCGUGGCAUCAAGAUCAUUGCUAAAAUCGAGUCCCACGAAGGUCUGGAGAAUUUCGACGAGAUACUGGCCAAGACGGACGGUAUCAUGGUUGCUCGUGGUGAUCUGGGCAUGGAAAUCCCGCCUGAGAAGGUGUUCCUGGCGCAGAAGAUGAUGAUCCGUAAGGCCAACAUCGCUGGCAAACCCGUAGUGACUGCCACGCAGAUGCUGGAGUCGAUGAUUAAUGCUCCCCGACCGACCCGUGCCGAAUGUACGGAUGUGGCCAACGCUGUACUUGACGGUACGGACGCUGUGAUGCUGUCGGGGGAGACUGCGAACGGUGACUACCCGACGGAAGCCGUGACGAUGAUGUCCAACAUCUGUCUGCAGGCUGAAGGAGCCAUCCACUACGAUGACGUGUACCAGUCGCUGCGCAAUGCCGUGUUGGACACUUAUGGCCCCAUGUCCACUCAGGAGGCUAUCGCGUCGUCGGCUGUGAAGACUGCAAUUGACAUCAAGGCCAAGAUGAUUGUGGUGCUGACGGAAUCAGGAAGCACAGCGCGUCUGGUGUCUAAGUUCCGCCCAUCAAUGCCUGUGCGGCAAUGGCUGGUAGCGCUCGCCAAGCUGAGGGCUUCUACAAGGGCGUGAGGUCUCGUUGCAUGGGCUCCAUGAUCGGCACGGACUCGAUCCUGUACCGUGCGACGGAUCUGGGUAAACAGCUCGGUUGGGUCAAGCCUGGCGACAAUGUUGUUGCCCUCCACGGUAUGGUGGAAGCUCGCUCAGGCUCCACUAACAUGCUGAAGGUGCUGACGG